GCGAUACCUUGUGCAUCCUCCCAUUUUGUACAGUUGCGGAUGCUGAUCUUUCGGUACCCAGAGCUAAACCCCUGCACGCGCGCAUCACUUCUCGCAGCUUCAUUUUUGUCCCCCAUCCCCUGAAUUGACACCAAGGAAAAAUUUACCAUGGCAGACGCAGCCAUUUCUUUUGCAAAGGACUUUUUGGCCGGAGGAGUAGCUGCUGCCAUCUCCAAAACGGCAGUGGCACCAAUAGAGCGAGUGAAGCUGCUCCUGCAGGUCCAACAUGCCAGCAAACAGAUCACUGCGGAUAUGCAGUACAAGGGCAUUGCAGACUGCCUCGUUCGCAUUCCCAAGGAGCAAGGCUUUGCGUCCUUCUGGAGAGGCAACAUGGCCAACGUCAUCCGCUACUUCCCUACCCAGGCCCUCAACUUUGCGUUCAAGGACAAGUACAAGCAGGUAUUUCUGGGCGGAGUUGACAAGCACACUCAGUUCUGGCGCUAUUUCGCCGGUAACCUGGCAUCCGGGGGUGCCGCUGGUGCCACCUCCCUCUGCUUCGUCUACCCGUUGGAUUUUGCCCGUACCCGGUUGGCAGCUGACGUAGGCAAGGCUGGCGCCACCCGCGAGUUCAAUGGGCUUGCAGACUGCCUGAAAAGGAUCUCCAAGUCUGAUGGCGUUAAGGGGCUUUACCAGGGCUUCGGAGUGUCUGUGCAGGGCAUCAUCAUCUACAGGGCAGCCUACUUUGGCGUAUAUGACACCGCGAAAGGUAUGCUUCCUGAUCCCAAGAACACCCACAUAUUAGUGAGCUGGAUGAUCGCCCAGUCGGUUACAGCGGUGGCAGGGGUGGUGUCCUAUCCGUUUGACACAGUGAGGCGGCGUAUGAUGAUGCAGUCAGGACGCAAAGGAGCGGAUAUUAUGUACACUGGCACCCUGGAUUGCUGGAAGAAGAUCGCCCGUGACGAGGGUGGCAAGGCUUUCUUCAAGGGUGCCCUGUCCAACGUGCUGCGAGGCAUGGGCGGAGCAUUCGUGCUGGUGCUCUAUGACGAGUUCAAGAAAUAUGUUUAAAUUCGACUUCCCUUCCACCUCUCCCUGCCCAAGGACCAGGCCAUUUCUUAGAGUAGCUCUUCCACCUUAUUAAAAUAAAUAACUUAACCCUGACCCUGUGCCCUGGGUUACCGAGCAGUAUAUGGGAGGUUAUUAUGUAAGUAAUACAUAGAGAGCACAACAUCCCUCUCAUGGUCCACCAGUUUACUAUUCAUUUAAAACAUAGCUUAUAUAUAUAUAUAUACUUUAUUUUGCUGUGUGUGUUCGAUUGUUUCCUUCGAUUGAUUGUGUUUGUUUGCACAGAAUAGUUAUACAGAGUAGCUCAUCUAUAUAUAUUUUACCUUUGCUCUGACUCUGAUGAGCUUUCCCGGUUAAAAUGUGAACAAAGUAUUUCUUCUUUUGUUAUUGUAUUGCUUAGCCAUGGCCCACCUUCUGAUUGAAAUAUUAUAUUCCUUGAAUGUUCUCAAGUAUCUGCUCUGCGGUUCAGUGUCAUCUAUGUAAUGCCCUGUUGUGUCAGAAACACACCUCUAGAGGGCGUCACCAGACCACACUUCACUCAGCCCUCCCCAGACGCCUUUGAAGCAGCACAGAGAAGAAUAAACCUUUGAGGCUCAGCCACAGCACUUAUCUGGCAAUGAAUAAGAGUUCAAAGAAUUAUGUUUUAUGUUGUGAAAUUCAAGAUUAGAGAAGUGUUAAAUGCAGAUGGUUGUGUCACUUUGUCCGAGGUAUUUGACAAGACUCCCUAAUUCUUAACAGACACGAUUUCAUGAGGAGAAAAAAUCAGCGAAACCCAACAGCUGAAGGGAAUCUGAGAAUAUCUGUUGUCAGAAUAAAUUGCGCUUUCACUCAUAUUCCUUGAGACAUUGAAAGUUUAUUCCAAUUUUUUUCUUCUUUUGGAUCCCCUUUUAAGUGUUUUCCUAGCAGGGUAAUAAGGGUAGUCAUGUUGUCCGUGACUAUUUUCCUGUCAGGCGGAGACCGGGGCCUGUGUGGCAUGGAGGCGGUCCUGACAGCCCACACCGAGGGCUCAGUAAUGGGAGAGGCAGAGGGAGGGUGGCUGCUAGGUCAAACAUUGCACUGUGUGUAGCACAUGAGCUUUGUUGUCGUAUGGAUACAGUCUGUACACAUUGAAUGGCCAUACUAUAUUUGUUGUGGUCGCACACUGACUGAGUAGUUUGAAUGACUGUAUUGUUUCAAUAAAACUCAAUACCUC